AUGACAGAGAGGGUUGCUUUCUUACGAGAAAAUUGGUACGACGCUGCUUUGUAUUUCCUCCACCAAGCGGACUUUCUCCGUCUAUUGGAUGUCCGAAACAUCCAGACAAUCUCAAUUCUCGGCACCGUGUUCUCAAACUUUGGUGACCUGAAUCUAUAUUACAACCUGCUGGGAUGUGCAGUCCGGAUUGGCGAAAGCCUCGGGAUCAACAAUGACUACACCCAUCAUUCAGGGGUUCUUCCGGAUCUUGAAUCUCAGCGGUCUCUAUGGUGGUCUCUGGUCAUUCUGGACUGGCUAAACAUUCCAUUAGGCCAACCUUGCAUUCGUGAAAACGAUUUCCUGGUCGAGAUGCCUUUCAUCUCUGAAACACAGUCCGAUUGGGACUCCACCAACUACCAAGCCAACAUGUGCAAAGUGGCUCUGGUGCUGUAUAGGUUCCAAACAGCCAUCUGCGCCUCAAUGGACUGGGAAACUGUCGAAAACGCGGUCAUCGUGGCUGAUGAGAAGCUCGUAAAUCUGAAGACAGAACUGAGCUCGUGUACUGAGUCAGGGGGCCUCGAGAACACAUACGUGGGUACAGAUACGUCAGACGCAUCCGAUUGUAUUGGCUCUAUCCAGCGACGAAGUCUGCUGCUGAUACUGUUCUACUACCGCAUCCUGAUCAACCGCACACUUAUCCACCAGACACCAUCGACGAGAGCGAAGAAAGUUUCGUUGUCAAGAUGCUCCGAGUCCGCUCAUAAUAUACUCAAAUUGUGCACAGAUUUGGGUACUAAGGGCCAUUUGAUGGCUUCGUGGUCAAUGUUGUUACCUCUAUACUCGGCAGCGAAUGUUUUGGCCGUAUACGGGUCUCGCUGUCGUUGUGAACCGGGCCAUGAUCACAUGGCGGAUGUUACCACUGCCGUUCAGAUAUUUGACUCGUUGUCGCACAAAAGUGCUUUUGGUGAGUAUGCUGCUAGAAGGUUGAAGGAGAUCAUCGACAAUGCAGCUUCGGGGUAG